UAUUAUUUUGUUGCCAUGACAAAUUUGUUCCAGUUCCGAAACGAAAAAUGGCCGCUGCAACAUUCGACGAUCAACGGGGAGAAUCGAAUAGCAUCAAUUUGUUGUCAAAUGGCAUCGAAGAUUUGCAAAUCAAGGCAAAACAAAAUAAAAAGAAAGGAGACAAUAACAAUGAAUUCUUAAAGUCUUUAGAGCCUGGCAGAAGGAAGCUUUCCUCAGUCGAAUCACAAAGAGUUGUUUCAGUUAUCGAUGAUUGCAUCCGUAAGGUUGAAAUCGUAACACUUCUUCCUUACAUUCUUGAAAAUAUUAAAAGGUUCUCUGUCUUGCUUGGGUCAGAAUUAGUUUCUCUAAUUGAAGAGUAUGAUAUCAUCGAAAACAAGUAUCGUAGGGCAUCAAAGCAAUACCGCAAAACAUUACGCCAAAACAGCGAAGUCGAUGUUGUUGAUAGCCAGUCAGAAGACGGCACUUCCAGGCCUGAAAGUCAGCUUAGUCAAGUUUCUGACUGGCUUGCCCGAGCAGAAUCGGACGAGCUUCGACAGACUGUAGAUAUUUUGCAAGAAAAUCUUAAGGGUACAAUAAAGAGCAUCGUGCGGUAUUUUGGCAAAAACCCAUCAGCAUUGAAGGUGAUAAAUGCUGAAAGAAAAGAAAGGCCUUAUGAGGCAAAUAAUAUGAUCGAUGGACUCUACUCUUUGAAGGAUCUUGUCUUUUUGCGACUUGUAACAAGCCCUGGGGAAGAACUAGAACGGGUGAAACAAUUUGUUGACCUGAACAUCAAAGAAAGAAAAGCCCAAGCUACUAUCAAUAAGCUGGGUGCAAAUCUCGAUGCAGCAAUAAAAGAUAAAGACAAUGAGAUUGAUCAACUAAAUGACACAAUAAAGAACCUUAAAACCAGUAUCCAUAAUGUUGAAAAGAAUUCAGAAGAUCAAAAUCACAGAAUAAUUGCUGAUGCAGCUAAGGCUGAAUCAGGAGAGCUGAAAAAUUCAGAUGGCAAGAAAGCGAAAUUGCAACAAGAGAUAAUCCAGUUAAAGCAGGCACUCCAGAGCAAUCUAUCAUCUCACAGGGAAAGUGAACUGGCACUCAGAAAGCGAAAGUAUAAAAUGGAAACAGAGGUUGAAAAUUGGGUUCAGAAGUUCGACAACGACAUGAGUGAGAGACAGGAUGAAUUCGAUGAACUGGAUGCAAUUUACACGGAAGAAAAACGCCAGCUGAAAGAAUUAGAGGAAAAAUUCAAAACUUUGGAAGAAGAGUACACACAAAUUAUGGAAGAGAGAAGAAUUGCGAAGGAGAGACGUGAAGCAGCAGAAAGAGAGUUAAGAUCGAUGAUUAAAGCUGCUACUGUUAUACAAUCAUUUUGGAGGGCGUACAAAAUGCGAAAGGCAUUGAAAAGCAAGAAGAAGAAAGGAAAGAAGGGUAAAAAAGGUAAAGGGAGGAAAAAAAGAUAAGUUACAUGCAGAAAAAGUAGGUCAAAGUAAAAUAUUGUUGGGUUCUUAAUGGCUUGUCAGGCUUGCGACAAUAUGCCUCGGCUUGAAAAGAUGUGGGUCUUUAUAAGAAACUCUAGUUUUCAAUUCUACUUUCAGUUCCCCGUUGCUUUAAAAGGUGUCCUUUAAGUUCAAUGGGUUGCUCUCUUUUCUCUUCACCUUUGCCUCCAGGUCAUCAAUGCAACUUUAUAAAGUUUAUUUGCUAUCUUGGAGCUGCUCUUCCAAGCUUCGUUUGGCAGUAUUAUAUUUUUUAGAGAAAAUUUAGACAGGCGAUCUUAUGUUUCUUUGUGCUAGGUUUACAGAUUCUUUUUCCAAUCUUCUCAGCAAAACAAUUUCGAUGAAACUUGUUGAGAAUAUAUCAUAAUUUUUGCACCUGCUUUAAUAUUAAAGGCCCAUAGAUCCACUGAGGGCGUGUUUACAUGAGGUUGGCUAGCCGACUUAUGAGAUCCGAUCUAUGCAUUCUUUUUACUCUGUAUUUGCGUUUACAAAGUUGCAAGCCCACUCAUGGAAGAUCCGCAAGAAAACAGGUGGGAUUAUCCACGAGUCGUCAGUGGAUGACCAAAGCAUCAGUUUGGGUUCGAAAAAUGUAGCAGAAAACAUACAAAAACAAAAUCAAAUUUCCGUGUUACUGAAGUAUACAAUACCGAGCAUAUCGGAUAAUUUUGCGAUUAGAAAUGGGAUAAUUAUGUUAUUCGCUUUUGUUGUGAAAACUGAUGUUGAUUAUUAUGGCACCAAAGCCAUCUAUGGUCAAAGCUAAAAAGUAUCUAUCUCGUUUGCGAAUUUCAAAUACGAUGCCAGGCUACCUGAAUGGGAUGAAUCGCUUUCUCGUGUAAACACUUGCGAAAACGAUCACACUUGUACACUUAAGCCCACUCCACGUAAACAGUCGCGAAAUCUGUAUGGCCUUUUAGUGACAGGAAUGGUUGAAUUCUCAUAUGUUCUUGGCUACCUCAGCCGUCUUAUGAGGCUCUAUAUGGUCGCAAGUCUGAAAUAAUCAAGGGCAUGAAUUACAGCAAGUCAAGUCACAUUUAAAUCUGUAAAUACACUCUUUUUUUCCUUAAAAAGACUUGUUGUUCUGAGUGAAGCCAGAAUUAUAUCCCUACCCUUAUCCUUGUGAUAUCUAUGUUGGUAUAUUAUACAGCAGGAAUAUCGAUUGGUUCUCGUAGUUCCAAACAGUUCCAAAUAGAACAAAACUUUCAAUUGUAAAUGAUAGUUCCAAGGUUAAUCAAUUCCACCGCACUCUUUAAGGAUUCCCUUACGAUUACUUUUUAAGUGUUUUAAUUUAUGAGUCUUUUGCUUGAACAAGUAAAUAGAUAAACAGUAGAAAGUAAAUCUGUUUGUGUUUGAGAAUGUUUUAAUUACUUUUAAGUAGAAUCUAUAUGUUGUACAUAAUCACAUAUCACAAAACAACUUCUGUUACACUAAGAUAAUGUCGUAAUAUCUGUGAAUAAAGUAGAAGGUAGCGUAAGUUUAAUAGGAUAGCACAGAUGCUCAAACUGUCCAACGUUUUUUUCUCUUUCAUCCUCUGCAGAGUCUUUCAAUUUUUUACCUUAGUUGAUACAAAAAGAAAUUUAGUUAUCAUCGUCUUGCCAAGAUUUUGCCAAGAUCUAUCUACUUUAUAACUGAUGUCGUUGUUGAAGUAAAUUGUAAGAGGUAUUUUUAUUUAGGCAUUUUACUAUGCAAAUUACAUAUUUAAAGAAUGACUGGCCCUGUUGAAUUAGCUGACUCCUAUUGCUGGGGCCUUUUUUCAUGCCUUGCUAUCCAGAAAUUGACUAAUCGUCGAUGCAUCUUAAACUAACUACAGUAGAAACCCGCAUAUAAGAAUCUACAUUUUUCAGUUAAUGUUCGUUCAGUUUAGUACUUUGAAAUUGCACCUCAGAGCUGUGUUUCAGGUGAUUAUUUCGAUCUUUGAGCUUUGUUCCCUCUUUUUUCUAAUUUUCAUUUUGAUCCUGAAAAUUGAGUUAAACGAGGAUCUUACAAAAGCAGGUUCUUAUAUGUGGGUUUGGCUAAAUG